AUCGGUUUAUAGCAAGUUAUAAAAUCCGAUUUCUUAAUACAGCCUAGCUUUCACGCUUGAAGCGGCGCGUAUAGAUGUUAGAAUGGAGUUGAUAUUGCGAAGUGCAUACAUAGAUGCUUGACCCUAAAGCCUUAACAAGGCGAAUUUAAGCGCGCCAACCCACUGAAAAACCGCCCUCUUCCCUCUAAUCCUACCUACUUAACGCGACCUUUCGUCACAUAUGCCUUUCGCUUUCUCAGCGCAUUUUGACAUUACUAAUGCGACAACGACUCUGCUGAGUAGUGCUCGCUGGUCGGGAUAGCACCCACUAAGCUUAACUCUUCGACCUAGGAUCAUGGGCUUCCUGCUUCUUAACCGCGUGCGUAUCGACAUACGGUAAGGGAUAAGAGCCUAAUUAAAAAAGCCUAUGGGCGUACACGGAACGGUAGUAGGGGACCCGGAGGCUAUGGCCCGAGGCCUCGUCCAUUUAUUUCAGAGCCCAAAGUCCCCGCCCGACUUUGUAGAUUCAACACCAGCUCCUAUCGAAUACAAACAAGAAACAACUCCCGUACCUCUUGAGGCGACAAAAGAACAUCCUUCGUCAUGGGUUAGCGAGCGGGUUACACAAACCUCCGAGGAGGCUGAGUCACCUAAUGACACCGCGCAUACACCUCAACGCGGUGGCCGUCGCAAGAGAACACACAGUCCCGAUGUAUGGGAAGCACAUAAGGCGGAAAUAUCCCGUCUAUAUCUAGACGAAAAUAAACGUCUUAAGGAUGUAAUGGAAAUUAUGGAAAGCCAAUGGGGCUUUCGCGCAUCUCAAAAGAUGUACAAGACGAAGCUCACGCAGUGGAAAUUCUUCAAGAAUAACCGCCAAGCUGAUGUAGCAAAUCUACUUUACUUACAGCGCCACCGGCUGGCUAUUGGCAAGGAAAGUACUUUCCAUAGAAACGGCAAGCCUAUUGACGUGGAGGCGUACAUGAGGAGGAGGGGGAUCAGCGCCUUUGAUCUUGUCGAAGUGGCUGACUCCAGUGAUUUACCACCAACAAUCGUGAGGUGUCGAACGCCGCCUUCCGUCCCUAGACCAUUGGACCCUCCUGACGACCUACGUCUCAAAGAGAGGUUUUUCGAAUGGACGUCCCAGAAAUUUAUCAAACCUCGCCCAAUAGAGACUGGCUAUCUGAAGAAGCUGGACUCUCACCACGCGAGUAAGGCUCUCUAUUCCGUACAGUUACUCACGCAUGGGUGCUGGCUUUUCUCGACCGGUCGCAAUCAAGAAGCAGGAAACUUCUGCCGGGGCGCAUUCGCUCUCUUACACCAUGUUCUCGACGCAUCUGCAUUCCUCUCUAUCUUCGAGAUACUCAUGGUGAUCCGCCGGUAUCCCAACGCAGAGAUUAUCAAGGAACUUUGGAACUACCUAUCACGAUAUGCUGCUGCAAUCGAGGGUGUGAAUAAGCCGUUAUAUCGGAUAUUAAUAUGUUUCUCCCAUUUUGCGCGGCAGCAUGAAUUAGAACACAAUAUCGAUAUUCUGGACUGGGCUUUGCGAUGGGCUUCGAGUAGAUUCGCGAGCUCAUUUGACGGUAAACCGUUCGAUUACACAAUGCUUAAACCGUGGGAUAUCAUACCCGUGAAAGAUUCGUAUCAUCGGUAUUAUUUAUGUCUGAAUCAUUGGGAGGCUGAUUCAAUACCAACUGCAACGAUACCGAGUUUAGACCAGUACGAGGAUCCUUCGAACUUGCGAGCGGAUUUGUUACUCAUUUUCGGUAAUCGGAGCAAUUGGAGUGACGAUAGGUUGUCAAAAAUUGCACUGAGAGUAUUGGAGCAGAACCGGUUGUCUUCGAAACCCUCAGACUAUCUUGAGUUCGUUUGCUUAUAUUGUACGGCCCGGCAUAACAGACAACGGUCUACGCGAGAUGAAAUUACGACGAGUGUCGAUCAUAAGCUAGCGAGAGAAUACUUACAACUAGCCGCGGAUGUUCAAAGGCGGGCUUGGCCUCUAGGGAAGAAUUACUAUGAAACAUUGUCACUUCUCGAAAGCUGGCAGCGGGAAGACGGCGAUUAUGAAUCUGCAGAAGCUACACGGAAGAAACGUGAUCAGGAUUGUAUAAACGCAUUUACUACGUUGUGUAUAUAAGGAGCCGAUUUAGCCCCGUCGAAGUGACACAAAUCAGCCAUAGUGACUGCUGACCAGUGCUCUUGACAGCUAGAUGUCGAAUAUCAAUGCCCCC